GCGGCGCCUCCCUGCGGGUCCAGACGUGGCGCAGCGGCCGGGCGGCUUCGUUUCCAGCCUGCGGAUCCGUCUCCUGCCAGGUACAGAUGAACCUCUUACCGCUGCCGCCGCCCCUGCUGCUGUUUCUCGUGGCACUUGCGGCUCCAGCCACCGCCGUCACCACCUACCGGCCGGACUGGAACCGUCUUAAAGGCCUGGCCCGGGCCCGGGUGGAGACCUGUGGAGGAUGACAAUUGAAUCGCCUGAAGGAGGUGAAGGCCUUCGUCACCCAGGACAUUCCAUUCUACCACAACCUGGUGAUGAAACACCUCCCUGGGGCCGACCCCGAGCUCGUGCUGCUGAGCCGUAGCUACCAGGAACUGGAGCGCAUCCCGCUGAGCGAGAUGACCCGCGAGGAGAUCAACGCGCUGGUGCACGAGCUCGGCUUCUACCGCAAGGAAGCGCCCGACGCGCAGGUGCCCUCGGAGCAUCUGUGGGACCCGGCCAAGCCCCCCGGGGCGGCUCCGGACCGCGACGACCUGUAACGGGGCCCGGAGCCGCGGAGGGGCUGGGACAACCCUGUGUGAGCCCCGGAGAUAGAAUGAGGCGCUCAGUGUCCCGGGAGCACCUCCCUUACUGAGGGCUGACGCCGUCUCCGAGCCUGCAGGGAUGGGGUCGGGGUGAAUGCUCUCCAUCCCUCCCUUCCCAGCUCCACUAAACCCCCUUCCUCCUCCA